AUGUUUCGCACUAAUUAUAAAACGUAUGUGAGUGUUAUUCGAUUAUGUCUGAGGAAUAUGUGCCAAACUUCCCUGGGUACCAAACCGCCUAUACCAGUUUUUGGUAUCGAAGGGCGCUAUGUGUCAGCGCUGUACAGCGCAGCUCUCCAAAUGAAGCAGGUCGAAGACGUAGAGAAACACCUACGAGCCCUUCAGGGAGAACUCCGCAAACCAGCGAUGUUGGACUUCAUAGAAACAAGCGUCAUUUCUAGGGCUGCUAAAGCAAAGCUACUGGAAGAAGUUGGGGCAAAAGCUGGUAUGCCUCCAGCUGCUGUGAAUUUCCUAUCCAUAGUAGCAGAGAACGGACGCUUGAAAUUGUUGCGGCGCAUGGUCAACAUGUUCCUGGCUGUGAUGGUGGCCCAUAGGAACGAGGCCCUGUGUGAGGUGAUCACCGCUAAACCCCUUGACGGAUCAACCCGCACUGCUCUCAUGGAUGCUCUCAAUAAAUUCGUCAAAGGUGGCAAGAAAAUACAACUGACAGAAAAAGUAGACCCCUCUAUCAUAGGAGGCAUGAUUGUCGGAGUAGAAGAUAAACACAUCGACAUGAGCAUUUCAAGGAAAAUUCAAAUGUAUACAGACAUUUUGAAGCAAUCCCUCUAAAUUAUUAUUUUCAGUUGCAUACAUUUUUUCUGGAGUUCAUUAUUUAUAUUUUUUUAAAUUGUUUUUCUAUUUUAUUACAAACAAUCAUACUUGCUGGUGCGGUGGGAUUUUUCUAA